AUGUUGAAGAAGCUCCGAAGAAAUUUCAAAACAUUCAAAACCUUAAUCAGCAAGACCUUCAACAACUCUCCAUCUUCGUCUUCUUCACCAUCCAAACCUUAUAAAUUCCUUCCAUUGCCGCUUCCUCUGUCACCGUCGGAAAUGUCGUCGCCGUCGCAAUCAUUCCGGCAAUCAUUACCACCCGCCGUCGCCCCCUUUCCUCAAACCCAAUCCACCGUUCUUCCCGAUCCUUCAAAUUUCUUCGCUCCUCACCUUCUUUCCUCUCCACUUCCCACAAAUUCCUUCUUCCAGAACUUCACCGUUAAAAAUGGCGAUCAGCCGGAAUACAUUCAUCCCUAUCUUAUUAAAUCCUCCCUCUCCGCCGUUUCAAUUUCAUACCCAUCGAUGUUCUCGAACACCGCUUUCGGAUAUCAGGUCUUCAAUGCCGAUUGGACCGUCUCUGAAAAUCCCGCCUCUGUUUCGCAAAAACCCCAUAUAAUAUCAUCCUUUAGUGAUCUCAGUCUCAUUCUUGAUACCCCCUCCGGUAAUCUCCGAUUCUUCCUCGUUCGUGGAAGCCCAUUUAUUACUUUCGAGGCUUUCAACAAUACCCCAAUUUCAAUCUCCACCAUUCAUGCGAUUCUCUCGUUUUCAUCCAAUAGUUCGCAGACGAAAUUCACUGUCACUCUCAACAACAACCAGACAUGGCUGAUUUACUCCUCGUCUCCGAUUAAUUUGACGCACAGCCUCUCGCAGAUUACUUCCGGUGGAUUCUCCGGCAUCGUACGGAUUGUGGUUUUGCCGAACCCACAUUUGGAAUCAAUCCUCGAUCGGUUCUGUUCUUGUUACCCUGUUUCAGGUGAGGUGAAUUUCAGAAACCCUUCUUCUUUGGAGUAUAAAUGGGAGAAGAAUGGUUGGGGAAAUUUGUUAAUGCUUGCACAUCCUCUUCAUCUUCGUUUACUCUCUAGCGAUGAUUCCGCCAUUGUUCUUGAUGAUUUCAAGUACAAGAGUAUCGAUGGUGAUCUAGUCGGCGUCGUUGGUGGCUCGUGGGUUUUGAAACCUGACCCUGUUUCUAUAACAUGGCAUUCAAUCAAUGGCAUUGGAGAGGAAUUUCAAAGCGAAAUUAUCUCUGCGCUUGUGAAAGAUGUUGAGGGUUUGAAAUCUUCACCCAUUACAACAACAUCGUCUUAUUUCUAUGGGAAAGCGAUUGCGAGAGCUGCUAGGCUCGCAUUGAUUGCUGAGGAAGUGAAUUUUCUUCAGGUGAUUCCUGAAGUGAGGAAGUUUUUGAAGGAUGCUAUUGAGCCAUGGCUGCGUGGUACUUUCAAUGGCAAUGGGUUUCUAUAUGAUAGUAAAUGGGGUGGCCUUGUAACCCAACAAGGGGCUUCUGAUUCUGGUGCUGAUUUUGGAUUUGGUGUCUAUAAUGAUCACCAUUAUCAUAUUGGUUACUUUCUUUACGCCAUUGCUGUGCUGGUCAAGAUUGAUCCAGCUUGGGGAAGAAAGUUUAGGCCUCAAGCUUACUCUUUAAUGGCGGAUUUCAUGAACUUGAGUAGGAGAUCUAGCUCAAAGUUCCCACGUUUGAGAUGUUUUGACUUGUAUAAACUGCACUCUUGGGCUUCGGGGUUGACCGAAUUCGCCGACGGUCGGAAUCAAGAGAGCAGCAGUGAGGCUGUGAAUGCUUAUUACUCUGCAGCUUUGUUGGGGUUGGCUUAUGGAGAUACUCAUCUUGCUUCCAUUGGAUCAACACUAACAGGUUUAGAGAUCAAGGCAGCUCAAACAUGGUGGCAAAUCAGGGGAGGGGAGAAUCUUUAUGAGACUGAUUUCGCCAGAGAAAACAAGGUGGUUGGAGUGUUGUGGUCUAACAAAAGGGACAGUGGCUUGUGGUUUGCCCCUCCUGAUUGGAGAGAAUGUAGGCUUGGGAUUCAGCUGCUGCCUUUAUUGCCCAUCACUGAGGCUUUGUUCUCUGAUGCUACCUUUGCCAAGGAGCUUGUGGAUUGGACAUUGCCUUCUUUGAGAAGGGAAGGAGUUGGGGAAGGAUGGAAGGGAUUUGCUUACGCCUUGCAGGGCAUUUACGACAAAGACGGGGCGGUGGCGAAUAUCCGAAACUUGAAGGGGUUCGACGACGGGAACUCGCUCUCUAAUCUGUUGUGGUGGAUCCAUAGUAGAGGAGGAGGAGAAGAGGGUGAAGGGUUUGGUGGUGGGUGGAAGCAUUGGUGGUUUAGCCAUUGAUCACUGCAACCGAACUAUGAUCUCGGAUGAUCCGAAAGCUAUUCUAUCGAAAAUCGACCUUAAUCGAACCAAAUCCAUUUGAAUACACAGUGAAAAUGAAACAAUCUACAGACUUAAAUCAUCCAUUUUAUACAUAUUGAUCAAGUGAAACAUUAUAGCUGGUUUUAGGAGUUGCUGGUGCUGGAUUGUGUUUGUUUUUAAAUAAAAUUGUUGUGCAGUUGAUGUUCUACAGCAUGCUUGUGUGUCUGUGUUGCUGUUGUUGAUGCCAUGAUGUUGUUGUUGAAUGAUUUGAAUGGGGAUUCUUUGUUCUGUUAAUGUUC